UGUCCCGGGAGAGUGGGCGGCCCCUUUCCAGAGAGCACUUAGUCUCACUUGCCCCCCACGCCUCUCCUUCUCCCCUCCCUCUUCCACCGCAGCCUUUCUCUUCGCCGGGGCCACUUCCUUCUUCAGCCUGUUCCUCCCCGGGGCGCGGAAGCAAGAGGACCCGGUCCAGACCCACGCGGCAUCAGCUCUUCCGCGAAGAAGGAAGCGAUCCGAGAGGUAGCCAGCAAUGAAUGUGGAUCAUGAGGUUAACCUCCUAGUGGAGGAAAUUCAGCGCCUGGGCUCUAAAAAUGCUGAUGGGAAGUUAAGCGUGAAGUUUGGGGUCCUCUUCCGGGACGACAGAUGUGCCAACCUCUUCGAAGCGUUGGUAGGAACUCUGAAAGCUGCAAAACGAAGGAAGAUCGUCACAUACACAGGGGAACUGCUUCUUCAGGGUGUUCACGAUGACGUUGACAUUGUGUUGUUGCAAGAUUAAUGCGGUUUGCAUAUCUCGGUAUCUCUGGUAAACUGGAAUGACCACGUCAAAAGACAAACUUAAGCUUCCUUAUGUAUUUUUAUAGAACUUUGUAAACAUAGGGGACUCAUUGAGAGGCCCUGUUUUUAUACCUUGAAAGAAAACAUUACUCUGUAAAGUAAACAAAACCUAUUAUUUUUUUCUUAAGAAUGUGAUUGGAAAAUGUAGGCACCGAAACAUAUUUUGGAGGUGUGAGGGGUUUUUUUUGUUUUCUUAAAUCAUCCUUGGAGAAUUUCUACAGGCACUUGACGUUCUGUCAAAGCAAGAAGCAAACUGAAGAUCGGUUGCCAUGAGGAGUGUUAUGUUUAUGUAAUAAAAACACGUAACUGCCUUUAAA